AUCAUUAAAUUCCGAAAGGUUCGGUGAAUACACAUGCAAACUCAUGGGGUUCUGGUCUAAUUAAGAGUUGCAUCAAUGGUUCAUGGCAUGCACUGUAUGUACCCGAUGGAGUUCAAAAUAAAAGCUCGCGCGUUCUAAAUAACAAUAUGUUUGGAUGUCUAAAAGUCUGUCUUCCUUGGAAUCGAUUUUUUAUCGUGUUAACCACCCUUUAAUGAAUAAUAAGUGCGAUUUAACCGGUGUGAAACCAAGCUAAACGACACUUGAUCCCCCUGUUCAUUUCCUUUGAAAGGACCGGAAGUGUUGAAGACUUGGUUUUCUCGUUGUCAACAAACGCCCUUCGUGACUGCUCUUCCCGUUGACGUCGGCUGUGUUGACAUCAACCACCAAACGCUGGGUCACGAUUAAAAGAGAUUUUUAAGAUUACGCAAAGCUUUUAGCACAAUGGGACGUAUCUUCUUGGACCACAUUGGUGGCACUCGCCUGUUCUCCUGUGCCAAUUGUGACACCAUUCUGACCAACAGAGCAGAGCUGAUCUCCACUCGCUUCACUGGAGCUACUGGCAGGGCCUUUUUGUUCAACAAGGUUGUUAAUCUACAGCACAGUGAGGUUCAAGACAGGGUUAUGCUGACGGGACGACACAUGGUGCGUGACGUCAGCUGUAAAAACUGUAAUAGUAAACUGGGUUGGAUGUAUGAGUUCGCCACGGAGGAAAGCCAGCGCUACAAGGAGGGCCGAGUCAUCCUGGAAAGAGCGCUGGUGAGGGAGAGCGAGGGUUUUGAGCACGUUCCCGCAGACAACUCCUGAACGAGCUCAGGGUGGUUUCUGUACAGCUAAGUCAGCUCUGCUCUAACAGCAAAGCACUGACCUGCAUGCCGAGAGUGUCACAACAACCGCAACGUAGUAACAGUUUGAAGCAACAGAGGAAUUCGAACUUAAAGAGGCAGACAUGAAAGUGUGACAACAGCAUCGCUUCCAAUUUGCUUUCUGGUUCAACAGACUGAUGUUCAACCUGUUUUGACAUUAUUAAAGAAACUGGUUCAGAAGAAACUAGUUUUAAACAGUGAUGUCCACUGGUGUUUUAGAGCCUACUUGUAUGCUUUAGCCAGUACAAAUGUGUAUUUUUGCUGUUUAAUAUUAAUGAUCUAUGGAGCAAUGAGUACGUCUCGGCAGAGCAGGGUCAAAGUCUCUUGGAUUUUCUCAGAUACAACAAUUUCCUCCUUAGUACAAAGGGAGGGGAUGAGCAAAUAACUCGUUUGCCAAAUAAGUUUUUUUUUUUUUUUUUGUGAGUGCGUUUCAGUUCUUGGCAUGAAAGUGUUUUGCAGUUUCGAGAGAAAGUCGACUUUGCGAAGUAAUUUUCCAUCAGUUUAUUUCCACCUUAUGAUUAAUCAUGUUACUCUUCAAAUUGAUGCCUUGUAUUAAACGUUAUUUGAAUAUUGUACAUAGACUAUUGAGAAUAAAGACUGCUGAAAUAAUGUGAUUUUGUUGUAUGUUGUACAGUACUGUACCUGUUUCUGUGGCAUGUGAUCAUUCCAUUAUCGGACUAAGUAGCGGUUUUGAACAGUAAUGUAAUUUUUUUUUUUUUUUUUUAAUCAGCAGUGUUUUUGCUUGAGUACAUUUUACUUGUACCUUUGGCGGAAAAUACAUAGAAUGCGUUUAUCUACAUAUCAACUAUUUAAAGCAGCACUUGGUAACUUUUCAGUUCUGAUUGAUUUUAGCAAUGCUGGUUUUGCUUUAAUGAGGAAUGCGUUUCCCAUGAGGAGCAGCCCACACCCGCACAGUGUCGUAAAGUCAAUCAAAAAUCAAUCUCCAGGUCGCCUGCAGAUGGAUUAAACAGCACUUGUUUCCCGCAGCUGUGUGACAGAUUAAUAGUAAUAAGGUAAUGAAUCUGGUUGUGCCUAAACAAUAGCAUGUGACGGUUAGCAACCGUCCAGUUUAAUGUGGUUAACUCCACCCCCGGCGUCAUGCCAGUAGAUAGUUGCCGAACAGAACAAGUCACGGUUUCAAAACCGCAAAAAUUUUCCGUUAUGCCAUCCCUACAGUAUUAGCUAUUUUUUUAUGUCCCAAAAAUGCAGGGAGGAAAAAAGGGCCAACCGACAUGUAAAACGUUUGCGUAGAGUGGCUGCUGAGAAGGCAAUACCUCCAAUAUGAUUUCGCAUUUAUACAAAAUUGAAGGUCAGUAAACACUAUCAUGAAUAUUUCCCAUCAGCUACAAGAUUUAAUUCCAGCGUGUUUAAUGUGUCUAGCGGUGUUAACACGUUUUUUUUUUCUCUGUGAAAUGGAAAAUGAAUGAAUGAACUGUGUUGAGAAAGAGAGUGUGUCUAUAAUGUAAACAUGAUACGAGUCAUACACUUUUUAUGGAAAAUAAUUCAAUUACCGGUACUUUUAUUCUAAUGGUAAUAAUGUUGAGCUGUGACUGUGGGUUUACACUCACUUUAAGGACUGCAUUUGUUUUAAUCAUAUUUAGAAUAUUUCAGUUACCGUAAUUUUUGGACUAUAAGCCGCUACUUUUUUCUCUUAUUUUGAACCCUGCAGCUUAUAGUCCAGCGCGGCUUAUGUGUUGACUUACUGGAUUAAGAGGUAAAACUUUAUUAUGACAUGAUGAACCGAAAAGAAAAUAAGAAUAUAUCAUCAUGGGCAUUAAUGAAUGCUUAUGACAGAGGUCAUUAAAUGUCAUCCGGCAAAUUAUGUCAUCGACUCCAUUUACGUCUGGCAUCUUUUAGAUCCAUUCAAAAGUGAGAUAUUUUGCCGGAUGACACAAAAUGACAUCUGUCAUAAGUAUUCAUUAAUGCUCAUGGCAGUGUCAUGUCAUAAUUAUGAUGGUCUAAUGACCUGUCAAUUAAAAUGUAAAGUAAUUAAAGAAAUAAUUGGCACGGAACAUGAUUUUUAGAUGUUAUUUACAUCUGUAGUGGUGCAGUGCAUCCUAGGAGGCAUGUUGGAAAACAACUGUUGAAAGCAGGUGGCAGCAGAGGUUGACUUUCUCCUUCAAGGGAGCAGUGAUGGCCAAAUGAAGCUUCUUGAAGCACUGAAGCUUUGCAGCCAAUUAGUUCAAAGCUUCAUGGUGGUUCAUUUGGUCUUAUGACAGUCUUAUGAUGCCGCUGUCAAAUAAAGUGUAAGCGGUUAAAAUCUUUUAGUGUAAAUAUACCAUAAAACAGUGAGGAUAGCUGCGGCUUGUUUUAUUUUAUGUUCCAAUUUGCUACAACUGUGUUUUGCAAAAAUAGAAAUCCUGUUCAAUAGAAAAAAGUUAAAAAAAUAAAAUAAAAUUUAAACCCAGAAAUCGCUAAGUAACACAUUUUAAAACUAAUUGCAAUACCGUGAUACCGUGAAAUUUUUGCUUAAGGUUAUCAUACCGUCAGAAUGUCAUACCAGCAUAUGCCUACAUGCCAGCGAGUGAAAGCCGGGCAAAUGUUUGUGAAAUGAACUUUCAUUCAUUCGCUGCCACCCUCCCACUUCAAACGGAUUGAACGUCUAUGGCCGUCAGUGGCAGCCAUUGCCAGGCAAUGAGCUAAUUUUGGGCUAUUUAAGGUCAUUUAUCUGUUGAUUUUCAGUUACUUCCUGUUGAUUUUGGGGUAUUUUGACAGGUCACUUCCUGUUUAUCUUGAGUUACAGAACAGGAAGUGACCUGGGAAUCACCCAAAUGCAGUGACUCAAACUCAACAGGAAUUGACCCAUAAAUGCCCUGAAAAUCGGACAGAAUGACUGUGAAUGCUCUGGUUUCGAAUGAACAAACGUUCCCAGUCUAAAUGGAUUGGGCGUAGUGCACCGUCAAUGCAGCCUUAGAGUUAACUGAGACAUUAUUAUGGUGGAAGAUUUUAGUUGCAACUUGUUGGUUCCUUUUUAUUUUUUUAGACAUUGACACCUUUUUAAAACGAGAUCUCGAUUCUUGUCAGGAGCAUAUUAAUAACCUUUUCUGAUACAAAGUAUCACGAUAUAGUAAGGGUGUAACGGUACAUGUAUUUGUAUUGAACCGGUACGGGGUGCUCGGUUCGGAACGGAGGGUACCGAACGAGUUUCUGACGUAAUGUAACCCUUACUUUUAGAGGCUGUGAGUCGAUCGGGUUACAGUUUCUUUGUGUAGAUUAUAUUUACUCCGUCUUCUCUGCUAUAAUGAAGACCAACACGGAAGGACAGUAUAACCCAGAAACGUCAAAGGCGCGACAACGUGGCCGCCGCCAGAACGCAGUGAAACGCAGGCCUUAAAAGUCAAUCAGCCAACGCACACCAGUCGCAGUGCAGCCUUGUGUUAGACGCGUCCCAGAAGCGGCUCAACGCGACGCACGCGAAAAGAACGGCAGAGUUUAUUUUAUUUGACACGAGACGUGGCCCUUCUGCGUCAAUCCUACUAGCUAGGAUCGGGCAGACCGGAAGUCACUUGUGUAAAAAUACGGUGGAUCCGGUCGAUUUUCAAACUAAUAUGCAAUCGUAACCCACUUUUUGAGUCCAUCAGAUCUCUUGAGUGGUAGAUCGGGCAGUUGACUUGUCUUUGUUGAUUUACUGCUGUCUUCUCUGCUAUAAUAAUAACCAACACGGCCCCGUGUUCAAUACAAAACCCUCCUACCACAACAAAACAAGUAGGAACUAAUAUUUACAUAGGAACUAAAGUUAUACAACAUAAAAUAUACAAUAUAAAUGAAUACUACAUCACAUUUGUAAAAUAUAAACACAUAAUAAAAUAAAUAAUAGCCCAUUUAAAUAAAUUGAAAUGAGCUAAAACACCUGUAAUUAAAUAAUAAUACACAGAUCCUGCUUACAUAAUUGAAUUUAUUAAUUUCUGUGUGGCGCUUUCACUUGAGAAAAUCCACCAAUAAAGCUCUUGAAAACCGUUCAUAAGAAAAAAAAAGAUUCAUUGAGGCAUUUCAUUUGUAAAAUACAUGUUAAAAUUAGGGCUGUCAAAAUUAUCGCGUUAACGCGCGGUAAUUAUUUUUUUUAAUUAAUCACGUUAAAAUAUUUGACGCAAUUAACGCACAUGUCCCGCUCAGAAAGUAUUCUGCCUUUUGGUAAGUUUUACAGCAAGACUUUUUGUGCUGUCCAACAGCGAACUCUUGUGGUCGCUUUGCGACAUGGUUUAUUGUUUUCUUUCCAGUUCAUUAUGGCUGCACGACGUCUCGGGCUGAUAAUGUUGUGCUUAUAUGAUCCUUGGACAAGAUUUGUCCAUAAGUAUGGUUGUUGUAAAGAAUGUACAUAUUAUGUUAGUAAGCGAAAUGUUGUAUUUUUUGUAUGAGACGCUUUUUGUUUAUGUUUAGUGAACCUGUAUAGCGUGCUAAGCUAACGUUGUUGCUAAUGCAAUGCUUGUGUACUUUUUUUUUUUGUAGUUUUACGACGGUCUAAAGAGGACAAUGGUUUGAGGCCAUUUUAUUAAUAAAUCAGAUGAAAAAGGAAGAAGUCUAAUUAUUAAGGUGCCGUUCACUAGCUGUCUAGCUUUGGAAAAAGUAGACGCUUCGGAGUGAGGACAGCAUAGACAGAUUUAAAUGACAGUAGAGUGAAAUGCCCACUACAGUCCUUUUGUACCGUAUGUUGAAUGUAUAUAUCCAUCUUGUGUCUUAUCUUUCCAUUCCAACAAUUUAUUUUACAGAAUAUAUAUAUAAUUUACAGAAAAAUAUGGC